CAGAUACUAAAUUUAUUUAAUAGUCUGCGUUAUGUAUACCUAUUAAAUAGGUAACAUGAAACAUAUAGCCGUUCUCAGCUUUAAUUCUUUAACGUGAUGAAUUCUCGAUUCAUGGGUCUCGGAGUGUUAGUCUUUUAGUUGAUUCAAAUGUGAAUGAACGAGUUAAGAUUUUGUUUAAGAAUACGUCUUAUCGCUUCUUAAUUUUUAUUGUGAUUUGAAAUAUUUCGAGUUCAGUUAUUUUCUUUUUUUAAAACAAUGUUUCAUUUUUUGUUUAAUUUGUUAUCGAAUCGACUACAAACAAAAUAUGUAUAUUAAAUGUCGAAAACCAAUAGUAACGUAGAAGUUUUAUUAAAUCUUAUAUUUUCGAGUAAAUUAAGAUGAUCAGUGCAGUAUUUCUUGUGAUCACAACAUCAAUUGUUGUGUACGGGCAAACUAAUAAAGAUGAUUUUUCAGUCAUUACAAUUGACCAACCAACACUCUUCAAUGAACAAGCUUACCGAGAAAAGAUUUGUAAAAGUGAGCCGACUUGCAAUCUGAUAAAAGACAUUACGCCGAAAGAAUUGACUACAUUACAGUAUCGAAACUGCAUGUGCGAUGCUGACUGCGCCACAUAUGGAGACUGUUGUUCAGAAUCGAAAUAUUUUAAUGCAACGCAGCAAAAACAAAACUUUCAUAAUUUCCAUUGUUCGUACCAAGAAGAUGUUUAUAUGAUAACUACCUGCCCGAAGAAUUAUAAUAACAUCACGAUAAGAAAUAAAUGCGAAAAAUCCACGUUACCGUUAGACACCGACAAUGUAAAAUUAAUCAUUCCAGUAACCAAUGUUAAUACUCGGAUUACAUACGGUAACGAGUACUGCGCUCAAUGCCACGGCGUCAGAAAUUAUCGUUAUUGGAACGAAACUCGAGUUUGUUCGGUAAAACACGACGAAAGUAUUCGAACAGAUGACUUUAGGCAGAACUAUCCAGUAGCGAAUCUUGACAAUGAUACUUCAUCAUUGAAUUCCAGAACACAAUAUUACAGGCUCGAAAACUUUACUGAUUUGACAGAAAAUGGCACCUCAUUACCUCAAAGCGAUGAUCUUUACGCCGAAUCACUCGAAGCUACUAAGUUCAUGAAAUUCAACUCUACCAGUAAAACUUUUUACAGUUUAUACAACAAUAGAAAUUUUGCCUGCUCGGUUGCACGAGCUAUUCCAGAUGAUUUGAAUUCGUCAGUAAGAAAAUGUAAAAAAUUUGUAUCCGAAUGCUCUAUUGCUUCAAAUAAAACGCUGACUGAAAAAUGUCGAUCAUAUACAUCGAUAGUAUUCGACGGUUUCACUUCGUACAGAAACAAAGAAUGUGCUGCUUGCAAUAAUGUCACGCAGGAGUUACCUGGGUGUUUUUCACCUCCUCCUGCUUUUGGAGCUGCUUCUAAUCUAUUUUCAACUAGUAACAAAGCAACAUCAGGAGACAUUAAUCCUUGUAAAAAUCCUUCUUUAAAGGAUAAAUUUUGUUCGUGAUUUAUAACUUUCAUUUUUAUAUAUGUAUUUUUUAUUUCCUAUUAUAAAAGCUGGUAUGUGUACCUACUUAUUUAAAUUUAAAAUACAGUAAUUAUUGAAUUGAA